UACUUAGCCUAAAAUGAGAAUGCAUCAUAAUAGAAAUCUAUGAUACAGGAUAUCUAUGGGUGCCACUGGGUAAUAUCAGUCCGCCGCUGCCGUAGCCUGCUUCCAAAUAAAGGGAAGUAUAAACAAAAUGCAAUGCAAUACAAGGGCAGUUUUAUUGCUAACAUUACUCUGUCAACACAGACAGUUACAUCGAUAGUCUGGCGUUAUAAUUUAUUUGCAUCAGGUGUACUGUGGAGUGGGUAAGACUGUUUUAUUGGCAGGCUAGACUUGAGCUAGCCUAGCACCAGCGAUUUCUGCAACUAGAAGGACUGAAUGAAACGUGAUGAAAACGGUCUCCAAUGAUAGAUAACAUACUGGCUCACUUUUAAAUGAGGUCCAAUGUCCAACAUUUUUAACAACCCCUUUAAUGCAACCAGAAUGAGUCAUUUGUUUUACACCUACUGGACUAAAUGCUAAUCUGCAUGUAAUCGAUCUCUGAAAUGAACGCGGUAUCCAUGUUCAGAAUGUGAUGCCGGUCUAGUAGAGGUGUGGCCAGGCUGUUAGAGGAGGAUGUGGUGGGACAGGAAGGAUGCAUGUCAUUGGCCAAUUUGUGUAAAAAAUACUUGUGUUGCAGGUGCUGAACGAGACUGUCCUGCAGUCCUUAAUGCAUCUAUGCAAACCCAGAUGGAGGCAUUGAGUGACACUUGUUUGCAAAUUCCAUGUUCAUUUGAUUCAGUACCAUCAAAUCUACUCGAUAAAAAAAAUAUAUAUAUUGGUUUAUGGCUAAAAUCGACUCACCAUUUUGGGCCUCAUCCAGAAAGUGUGGUUUUCAACGGUAGCAAAACCAAUAAUAUAUAUCCAAUUAGUAUCAUUGGGAAUAUGAUUGAAUACAACUGCACAACCGUUUUUACAAACAUGAUCUCAAGUUAUGCUGAUGUAUAUUACUUCAGAGUGGAAAGCAGCAGGUACAAGUCAACUGACACCUGCAAUCCUCUUACAAUCACAGUUAAAGAUUCAGCCCCAGCACCCUCCAUACAGACCCUCCUGGAGGGACCACUAACGGAGGGGAGCAGGGUAACGUUCACCUGCAGGGCCAUCUCACCCUGUCCCACCCAGCCGCCUCACCUGAGCUGGAACCAGUCAGGAGGCCCUGAGGGCCGGCCGGAACCGCACGGAGACCAAGAGCCUAACGUCAGGACCCGGCGGCUGGAUAUCACUCUGUCGGACCGACAUGACGGGGUCCGCCUCACCUGUCUGGCAGAGUAUCCCGUGAACGACCCAGCAGGCGGGCCCAGCAUCAGAACAGCAGAGAGCGUCGUGACGCUCAACGUUUUCUAUUCCCCGAAGGAUACCCAGGCCUCCGUCAGCCCCCCCACGGUGUCGCUGGGCAGUGUGGUCAACCUGACGUGCACCAGCAGAGCCAACCCCCCCGUUCUCCGGUUCACCUGGUUCAGGAGCAGUGCGGAGGGACCCCUGAACAUGUCAGAUGGAUCUUUGUACAGCUUCAAUGUGUCCAGCUACAGAGGAAUCUACUACUGUGUGGCCACAAAUCCCUUGGGAAACCAAACAUCAGAAGAGAUAACUAUCAGCGGUGAAAAAUUGAAUGUCCCUCUGAUAAUUGCUGGAUGGCUGUUUGGUACCAUCUUCUUUAUUGGUCUGAUCAUCUUUGUCCUGUGGUUACUGAAGAAACCUUCAACACAGCAACAGGUCACGUAUUCAUGUAUCAAUGCUCAAAAUCCAAUAUGUGAGGCGCCAGACAAGCAGGAGGAAGAGGAGAUCCACUACGGAGAGAUCGACUUUACCAAGCGAGGUGCCGUGCAGAACCCGGUGUUCCCCCAGGGGGAGGAGCAGACCUCAGAGUACGUUGAGAUCACUGCUCAACAGGCUAAGAACACACAGAUCAGAGAUGAACUAGAGAGGAGCUGAAUAGUUUUGGCUGGGAUCUCUUUAGUAUCCACUCAUGUCAGUGUAAACAUAUCCUGCUUAAGCAUCUAUGACUUUCUGCAAAACAUUUCUAAAACAUGGCACCCUUUAUGGUUUUUGGUCUCCAAGGCACUGAAUGAAAAAAACAAAAGUUUGUACGACUCUCUGCAGAGCUAGUUGCUGUUUAGGAAAUCAACAGCACAACAAAUGUGAUGAAUGACCGCUUUUAUAAAAUGCUGCAGAGAAACACCAGACUGCUCUUCAUUCAAUUUUAAGGGACACCUCAAGAUAAAAUGCUGCGAUAGGAAUACAUAUGCAAUGCAUUGUAUGAAGCUGGCAUGGUAUGUAAAUGAGUCAUAAGUACAAUUUAAAGGAAAAUCAUCCAAUCCAACCCUUUUCCAAAAAUGCCCCCUGUCUAAAUUGGACAAUAAUGAAUCGCAAAUAAAAAUCUAUUUGUAUUAAAAUUUUCUAAAAUGCCCCCUCUUUAAAGUGGACAAUAUUUAAACGUAAAUAAGUGGGCAGGAGAAACUCCACCCAUUGGAGAGCGAGUAUGCCCACAGGGGACGAGGAUUUGAUGUGAAGGGUGACACAGAUUAUAAAGUUCAGCCAGUUACCCAAUGGGUGGAGUUUGUCCCACCCACUCAUUUGCAUUUUAAUAUUGUCUACAUUGAAGCGUGCCAUAGUUGGAAAAUGCAAACCAAAUUAAUUUUUAUUUGGAUAUUGUCCACAUUUCAGCAGACAUGUUUUAAAAUGCAAAGAGAUAGCAUUUUAAUUGUAUAUCUGACUCAAAUAAUGUGUGUAUGUUCUGAAAAAUAAAAAGCAUUAGUUCUACUGCAUUUUCAUCUUCAACAUUGCGUUUAAUUAUUGUCCUCAAAAGGCCUCCAUAAUCCACAGCCUUUA